AUGGCUCCUCAGGAUAGCUUUAUUGAUGAUGACGAUGACUCGUGCCCUCUUUGCGUCGAAGAGUUUGAUCUUUCAGACAAGAACUUCCGACCAUGCCCUUGCGGAUACCAGGUCUGCCAGUUCUGCUACAACAACAUCAAGAAUAAUAUGAACGGACUAUGUCCUGCUUGUCGAAGACCAUACGAUGAGAAGACAAUAGAGUGGAAAGUUGUCACUCCGGAGGAGGUUGCGCAGUUCAAGGCCAAUAUCCAAAAGAAUGCCAAAAAGAAACAGGAACAACGGCAAAAAGAAGCACAAAAACGGGAGGUCGAAAGUCUCAAUCGAAAGCAUUUAUCUGGUCUCCGAGUCGUACAAAAGAAUCUCGUCUACGUGGUUGGCUUGAGUCCAGGCAUACCAGAGCAAGAGAUACUACAAACAUUACGAGGCGACAAGUACUUUGGCCAAUAUGGAAAGAUCAUCAAGAUCGUAGUCAGCAACAAGAAAACCGAUACAGGCCCUAAUGGCCAAUCACUUGGAGUUUAUGUUACUUUUGCCCGGAAAGAAGACGCUGCAAGAUGUAUAGCAGCAGUCAACGGUUCUCAAAAUGGAGACAGGGUACUACGAGCACAACUUGGAACGACAAAAUAUUGCUCAGCUUAUCUACGGAAUGAGACAUGCACGAACAAGAACUGCAUGUUUCUCCACGAACCUGGCGAUAACGAUGACAGCUAUUCAAGACAAGAUCUAUCCUCCAUUAACAGCGUCAAUACACAGCGUCCGCUGCCAUCAAUGGCUUCCUCAUCUCGGCAAGUUGCCCAAGCCCAGGCUCCCAUACAACAAAUCCAGCCCGUAGCUGCGGCGGCACAGCCUAUGGCCCGAGAGAACAGCAAGGACGGAUCAGACAGCGGUGAUGGCUCAGCACUCCCCUCUUCUGCAAGUUGGGCAAAUAGAGGCACGCAACAACGCAGCAGGAGAGGCAGUCAUGCAACUAGUGGCGCAGCUUCCAGUCCUGCCGUUUCCCAUGCGAUGCCUGCCACUGCAGAGGCCGUUGAAGAAACCUCAGAAUCAGUUCAGGACCAGGCACCAGAACUUGAAAGCGCCGCCGCACCUUCGGAUUCGGCCAAUUUUACUGAACCAGCUCGACCCGAACGCAACCCAGUAUUGCUUGACCUUUUGAAAGCAAUUAACUCUCCGACAUUAUCAUUUUCUGGAUCAAGCACAACAGGUGACGAUUCUGAGUGCUAUUCUGCAUUUCCUCCACUCUUCGACGACCGUGGUGGUGAGAAGCGAAGAGCCAUGCGGGAACACCAGGAAGAAGCCAGGCUACAUCUCGACCAAGAGUCUCAAGCCGACCUACGAUCAGUCACCGAACCGAUGGAAGAGGAAGAGCAACCUGAGAGUGGCAGUUUACAGCUUGGUGGCGAACCUGAGGACAGGGACAACGGGCGAGAGAGCAACCUCCCGCAAGGUUUCCAUGGUGCGCGACGACCGAGCACGCAACUCCCGAUUCAGCGAGCUUCUAAUGGUGGACCUUUCGGCCCAAGUCUAUCACAGAACUUUCCUCAGAACCUAAGCAAUUUGAGUUCUAUCAACGGGCGUACUCUGACACCCAUGCAGCAGCAACAACUUCUGCUCAUGAAAUCCGGUCAACCUCAGUCUGGUUUCAUGGAUCAAUUCCCUCCUGGAAUAGGAAGCCAACUUGGCCAGGGUUCUACACUAUUUCAACAACAGGGUCACAACAGGCAGUCAUCUCGAUACAAUUUCGCAAAUGAAAGCACCUCAGCAUCCGCGAACAUCAAACCAUCGGCCAACUCAAAGUUGAUGGCUCAACAAUCUUCAAUGAUGCCAUCCGGAAGCCAUGUACAGCAGGGUAGUCAAUUUUAUGGGUCUUCUAUGCCAGGACCUCCACCAGGUUUGAAGUCAUCGGGUACUCCACCAAUUGGCGGUGGAAUGUUCGGCCAGGGUCAUAAUUUCGGCGGAUCGAUGGGUGGCGGCUCAGUCUUUGGUGGGAUUCAAAAGGAAAACGGAAGCGAUAUGCUUAGGGAUAUGCUUCGGGGCCGUGGGGCUGCAGGUGGUCAAUCUCAUGAUACGGGCAAGCGUGAGUACAUGUUUCCUUCUUUUCUUUCACAGUACCCAUCUGCCUCCUCCACUCCAGCUCCUGCUUCAGGCCUCCUGGCAUCGCUCUAUGGUCCUCAGACUGGAGCAUUCCAUGACUUCGGUCAAAAGCAGAAGAAGAAGGGAAAGAAGCACAGACAUGCUAACACUUCCUCCUCUGGGGGAGGUGGCUUAGUCGAUCUUGCCGACCCGAGUAUCUUGCAAGCGAGAAUGCAGCACCAGCAACAGAGCAAUGCCGGAGUCGGACAGGGACUGUUUGGUGGUCAGGCCCAAGGUGGGUACAAUCCGAGCAUGAUGUACGGUACGGGUUUUACUAGGUGGUAA